AUGACGUUUACUCAUUUUCUCUAUCACUUUCGUUUUCUUAUUCUUCUCCUUCAAUCUUUGUAUUCUCCUUUCUUUCCAUAUCAUAGGGCUAAGACCUACGCAGCAAGACUGGCCAGCUCAGAUAGGGCUAAGACCUACGCAGCAAGACUGGCCAGCUCAGAUAGGGCUAAGACCUACGCAGCAAGACUGGCCAGCUCAGAUAGGGCCAAGACCUACGCAGCAAGACUGGCCAGCUCAGAUAGGGCCAAGACCUACGCAACAAGACUGGCCAGCUCAGAUAGGGCUAAGACCUACGCAGCAAGACUGGCCAGCUCAGAUAGGGCUAAGACCUACGCAGCAAGACUGGCCAGCUCAAAUAGGGCUAAGACCUACGCAGCAAGACUGGCCAGCUCAGAUAGGGCUAAGAACUACGGAGCAAGACUGGCCAGCUCAAAAAGGCCAAGACCUACGCAGCAAGACUGGCCAGCUCAAAUAGGGCCAAGACCUACGCACCAAGACUGGCCAGCUCAGAUAGGGCUAAGACCUACGCAGCAAGACUGGCCAGCUCAAAUAGGGCUAAGACCUACGCAGCAAGACUGGCCAGCUCAGAUAGGGCUAAGACCUACGCAGCAAGACUGGCCAGCUCAAAUAGGGCUAAGACCAACGCAGCAAGACUGGCCAGCUCAGAUAGGGGCUAAGACCCACGCAGCAAGACUGGCCAGCUCAGAUAGGGCUAAGACCAACGCAGCAAGACUGGCCAGCUCAGAUAGGGCUAAGACCUACGCAGCAAGACUGGCCAGCUCAGAUAGGGCCAAGACCUACGCAGCAAGACUGGCCAGCUCAGAUAGGGCCAAGACCUACGCAACAAGACUGGCCAGCUCAGAUAGGGCUAAGAGCUACGCAGCAAGACUGGCCAGCUCAGAUAGGGCUAAGACCUACGCAGCAAGACUGGCCAGCUCAAAUAGGGCUAAGACCUACGCAGCAAGACUUGCCAGCUCAGACAGGGCUAAGACCUACGGAGCAAGACUGGCCAGCUCAGAUAGGGCUAAGACCUACGCAGCAAGACUGUCCAGCUCAAAUAGGGCCAAGACCUACGCAGCAAGACUGGCCAGCUCAAAUAGGGCCAAGACCUACGCAACAAGACUGGCCAGCUCAAAUAGGGCUAAGACCUACGCAGCAAGACUUGCCAGCUCAGACAGGGCUAAGACCCUGGAGCAAGACUGGCCAGCUCAGAUAGGGCUAAGACCUACGCAGCAAGACUUGCCAGCUCAGACAGGGCUAAGACCUACGGAGCAAGACUGGCCAGCUCAGAUAGGGCUAAGACCUACGCAGCAAGACUGA